AUGGAACCAAAAUUGAAGGUAGCCAUACUGAUCGUCUCUGACACGGCAUCCAAGGACCCCGCUUCAGACCAAGUAGCGGGGACUCUGGCGCCCAUCCUCGCCCAAGAAGGGAAGUGGGAACCCCCCGCAAUUAGGAUCGUGCCGGACAAUGUAUUCCAGAUUCAACAGGCUGUCUGCGACUGGGCCGAUGGGGAAAAUUGGCAUAACCUCAUUCUGCUUAGUGGUGGGACUGGCUUUGCAGUCAAAGAUAACACACCCGAAGCUGUGACCCCCCUGAUCCAUCGUCAUGCCCCGGGCUUAGUCCAUGGUAUGAUCGCCGCUUCAUUGAAAGUAACCCCAUUUGCGAUGAUGGCUAGACCAGUUGCUGGUGUACGCGACAAAUCAUUGAUUAUCACAUUACCUGGAUCCCCCAAAGGAGCCAUGGAGAACCUUGAAGCUGUUGUGAAACUUCUGCCUCAUGCCUGCAUGCAGAGCGCCGGGGCUAACUCUCGCAGCCUGCACUCUGGCGGUAUGAAGAAAUUGGAGAGUGAGGCUGGUAUAUCCUCGGGUCACCAUCACCAUCAAACCCACAAGCAUGGUCAUGGUUGCGGCCAUGGACAUACUGUUCCCAAGGCCCACACGUCCCCAGCAAACCGACCUCAAUCUAAUGAUCCAUCAGCGGGACCUAAUCAACGGUACCGUUCGUCGCCUUACCCAAUGCUGUCUGUAGAGGAGGCGCUUCGUACGAUAAGCGAGCAAACCCCUGCACCAAUCGUCAUAGAUGUCCCAGUGACCACAUCUAUCGUGGGAUCAGUCGUUGCCGAAGAUGUCUACGCCGCUGAGAUGGUACCCGCCUACCAUGCCAGUAUCGUUGAUGGCUACGCCAUCAUUGCGCCGAAAUCUACCGAUACUGGAGCUACGACGAAGGGCGUAUUCCCUGUAGCAUCUGUCACCCAUGCCACCGCCGGCGGAGUCUUACAGCCACUCCAGCCUGGAACCAUUGCUAGAAUUACUACUGGAGCUCCUCUCCCUCCAAACGCCAACGCUGUAGUCAUGGUCGAAGACACCAUACUAGCCUCCUCCACCCCGGAUGGCAAAGAAGAAGCUACAGUCGAGAUCCUAGCCGAUGAUAUCCAACCUGGUGAAAAUGUUCGCGAGCCGGGUAGCGACGUGACCCUCGGCUCGAAGAUCCUAUCCCGUGGAGAUCUCAUUUCCCCCGCUGGUGGUGAAAUCGGCUUACUAGCUGCCACAGGCGCUAGAACCAUCAAAUUAUUCAAAAAGCCCCGUGUAGGCGUCCUGAGCACAGGCGACGAGCUCGUGGAGCACGAUGAUCCUCGCAAGCUCGUUGGCGGCCAGAUCCGCGACUCAAACCGUCCUUCCCUUCUUUCCUGCCUGUCAUCAUGGGGAUUCGAAACCGUGGACUUGGGUAUCGCCCGCGACACACCCUCCAGCGAGCUGGAGCAUGCACUCCGCGACUCUCUCCGCGGUGUAGGACGGGCCUCCAAGAGUGUUGAUGUGAUCGUCACAACAGGUGGCGUCUCAAUGGGCGAGCUGGACCUCCUCAAACCAACCAUUGAGCGCUCCCUCGGUGGUACAAUUCAUUUUGGCCGAGUGUCCAUGAAACCCGGCAAACCCACCACAUUUGCAACGGUGCCUUUCAAGGAGACAACUGCCGAUUCUUCUGCUCAGCAAGAACGCAAAUCAAAACUUAUCUUCUCUCUCCCCGGUAACCCGGCCUCUGCCCUGGUUACCCUGAACCUCUUCGUCUUGCCUUCACUGCACAAGCUCUCUGGCCUCGGAGAGAGCUCCCUAGCUAUCGCUGCUAUGAAGCCCUGGAUGGCGCCGCAGCUUGGCCUGCCGCGCGUCGCUGUUGUGCUGACACACCAUUUCCCUCUUGACCCCAAGCGCACAGAGUACCAUCGGGCUGUCGUGACAGGUUCACGCUCCGACGGUCGCUUGUAUGCCACGAGCACCGGUGCUGAGGGUGUGGGACAGCGUAGUUCUCGAGUGGGCAGCAUCGCCCGUGCGAACGCGCUCGUUGUCCUUCGUCCUGGACGUGGUGUUGGAAUCAAGGGUGAGAUCGUGGAGGCAUUGAUGAUGGGUCCUGUUUAUGGAUCUGACACCCGAAUCAUUUGUUAG